AUGCCCCCUAGACGAGCAUUCGUUGAUCCUACCCGUGCGUCCACAGGGGGCGAAGCCGGGCUACGGUCCCGCUUCCAGCGGGAUUCCCUUCUGCGUGGCGUGCUUGAGGAAAACGAGGACAUGCUGCGUGAAAUUGACGACCUUCGUGACAAGGUGAAGGUACAGGCCCAUGAACUUUUGUCUGCGAAGAAGCGUAUACACAAUUUGGAGGCACGGCUUUCAGGGAACGAGGUGGCUAAGCACGCAAUGUAUGAAAAGAUCGAUGAUGUCAAUGCUGUUCCAGUUGACAGGGCUGGUAUUUUGCGUUCCAUAUUGAAGACGAUUUCGGCGUACCAGUUCGGUAACUGCUACGCACGCAUCCUUGCCCGCAGCCAACGGCUGGUGGCGAAACCUGCUGAGACUCCCCAAUACCUCAGGGGCGAAUGUGAAAAAGAGUAUGAGGUGCCGAAGGAAGAGGAGGCGACCAUGAUGCGGCAGGCGCUUCGUGAGUCAAACCGACGCCUGGACGAGGCGUAUUCUCUCCUUCAGUCUUACCAAGAGACACCCAGUUUUUCAGUGACCGAGUACGAUGAAUUAGUUAUUGCUUGUAUGAUGGAAAUUAUUGGCUUGUCAAAGUCGAUUAAUGUUAUGAUCCUUGAGGAGCGUGAGUUUCCCGCGGAAAGGGCGAGGCAACUCAUUGCCGCCCAUGGGGGGCACAUCUGCGAUGGGGCAGAAAUUAUAACUCCCCGAUUGCCCUCAAAACCGUGA